UGGAAACAAAUAGAUAUACAAGUGUGAUGGGAUUCCUCUUGAGUGUUGGGAUCCUUUUUCAGGGGUGUGACUCAGCGGUAAAAUGCAGGAAUGACAAAGGAGACGAAGUUGCCUGGUAUAUUUUGUACAAGCGUCCCAAUGAGGAUAAACUUGGAUUGUCAUACUUUUACAUGGAUGAGAGCACCAACGGAUGGAUACUCAGCAAAGAGAGCAUCAACAGUGCUUCUGGCACUCUCGCAAACACCCUGAAACCUCUUUUUGACUUCUAUGACAGAAAGAUCGAAGGCUUUGGAUACAUGCUCUACAGUGACCAGCCUCCAAAGCCGUAUGUUGCUCCUCCAUCGUUUGGUCACAGUAAAGGAGUUGUGUUGUUGGACAAAGAGUCUGGAAUUUGGCUUUCACACAGUACACCCAAAUUUCCAACAUAUCGCAGUAAAGCCUUCUGGCCUGAUAAUGGAAAUGCAAACGCUCAAGCAUUUAUGUGCGUGACUUACCCGUAUGACCAAUUCAAAGAAAUAGGAGUGCAGCUCAAGUACAUCCAUGCUUAUUCGUAUGACUCUGAAAUCCCAACAACCUUUCACAAUGAGCUCCGAUGUGUGGCACAGCGAGACUGCUACCCAAAAAAGGAACCCUGGUUUAGUCAGGCGACGCUGACUUCUUCAAGCGGCCGUAACUUCAUCAGCUUUGCAAAAUACACACGCUUUGGUGAUGAUCUUUACUCUGGUCUUGUUACAAAAAACAUUAAGGGGAAUCUGUAUGUUAAGAGCUGGGGAAAGAUGCACCACAAUCGCAGUCUGCCUUCUAACUGCAGUAAAAGCAUCCCUAACCAUGUGUACAACGUGAAAGAAGUAAAGCUUCCAAACAGGAAGGCCUUCAGUGAUACUGUGGAUCACUCAAAGUGGUGCGUGACUGCAGACGGUGACUGGAUCUGCAUCGCUGAUAUGAACCGAGAGGAGAGUCAGAUGAAAAGAGGUGGAGGAGCAAUAUGCACUAAUGACAGAGUAGUUGGGAUGGCUUUCUAUAAACUAAUACACAAUUUUGAACCAUGUAAAGAUCCACGCUCUACUGUUGGUAAACGAGAGCUGUGAAGGAACAACCCGAGUGUUGGACCAAUAUUAGAAAAACCUCCGCUUAAAUAAGCACAUCAGUUCAGCUGUCCAGUCCUGACUCAUGCAGCUUUAGGUUCAGUUUUUUUCUAAAAGAAAUCUAGAGAUGGUUACAGAGUGCCUGCUUUUGUCUCUUCAUUGUUCGCACGACUGGACCAAAAUGCAGCAAUCAGAGUUUUUAAAUGU